CUCGAGCUUAAAACACUUCGAUUUGAUAUUUUAUUUUACAGAGUAACCCGUAAUAACUGAACCAAAUUCAAAAUGGCAUCUACAUACAAAGUUCAUUACUUUGACUUUACUGGAAGAGCGGAACCCAUCAGGAUGAUUUUAUCUUAUGGGAAAUUGGAUUUUGAAGAUGUUCGAGUCAGCAGAGAAGAAUUCCAGAAACUCAAACCAACAUUGCCGUUGGGACAACUUCCCGUUUUGGAGUUCCAGGGCCAUAUGAUACCCCAGAGUACAGCAAUUUGCAGAUUCCUAGCCAAUAAAGCAAAUCUCAGUGGUAAAGAUGAAUUUGAAAAUUUGAAAAUUGAUGUUGCUGUCGAUACUAUUGAAGAUUUAAAAAAAAAAGUUUCCGAAUGGGCAUAUGAGAAAAACGAAGAGAAAAAGAAGGCUUUAGAAGAGACUACAUUGAAAGAACACGUUCCCUUCUUUCUCAAGAAGUUGGAAAUACAUGCAGAAAAAAAUGGUGGAUACCUUGCGUUAAACAGGAUUUCGUGGGCUGAUAUUAUAUUCCUAUGCGCCUAUGAGACACUGGGAAAUAUGCUGAAGAAAGACAUCUUGAUUGACUAUCCAAAUUUGACCAAAGUGAAACAGAAUAUCCUGGAAGUCCCAUCUAUAAAGGAGUGGAUCAAGAAACGACCAACAAACCCAAUGUUAUCUUUUGAUUUGAAAUCACAAGUGUAGUUUCAUAACUAUAUCGAUAAACAUAAAUAAACACACUAAUUAAAAUCUAA